ACUUGACCCGUGGUUUCGAUAAUCUCUUCCCUCUCUUGCAACAUCGUAAACCCCUUCGCUCGCACAUUUUGAAGAACACAAGAAAUCAGAAACCUAGGAAAUUCUUUUGGUAUUCAAUUCGCCGGGAAUAAGAGGCAUCUAUCUUUUGGGUUGAAGUUGAAUCGUAAAAACAUUUCAUGGCUGAAGAAGUGACGAUGGUGGAACCUGGAAGAGCUCUGGGUAAGAGGAAAUUUGUUAAAAAGCAAGGCCGUAAAAAGUCAAGUAAGAAAGCAAAAGUGAUGCCACCACCCCAUGGACAGAAGAAAGUUAAAAUAGACAAAAAAAUGAAGAAACUUUUCCGCAAGCGAGCACGAGAGUAUAAUUCUGAUGAUGAAGAAGAUGAGGCCACUGUCCGUGUUUCCAAUAAAAGAAAUGAGGAGGAUGACGUGGAAAGUGAAGAUCUGUCUGAAGAUGAAGGAGUGACAGGGCGACAAAGAACAUGGAAUAAGAAUGCUACUGAUGUGAAUAAUGGCAUCUAUGACGAUGAAGGAGAAGAUAAUGGUGAAAUUCAGCCAGGAAUUACAAAAUUCACUGAAGGUUGUAGAGCAUUCAAGAUGGCCUUCAGGAAUAUUAUAAAGAAGAGUAUUUCUGAUGACCUAUUGGGUCCAGUAUUGUCAGGGCACAAGAAACUUGUUAUAGACAAACUUGCAGAAGAGGAAGCAGAACGCAAGAUCAAGGGAGAGGCAAAAAAGGAGAAGCAUAUGUUAGCCGAAAAGGGGCAUGUCAAACCUGCUACUUUCUUGGACUCACGUGAAAAGUUUCUAAUAAGUGUUGCAACAAAAGGAGUUGUCAAGUUGUUCAAUGCUGUCAAUAAGGCACAAACUGCUCAGAAAGGGUUGGACCCUUCAAGGACUAAGGAUGCAAAAGAGAUAAGAAAGCGGACCAAAGAAGCCUUCUUUUCAGAGUUAGGGAAGUCAUCGUUUCCAGCAACCGGCACCCUUGCAAAGGCCAAUGCAAGCACAGGCAAGGUAGAAGAUGAACAGCCUGCUUGGGCUCCAUUAAGAGAUAAUUACAUGCUGACAAGUUCUAGACUAAAGGAUUGGGACAAAAUGCCUGAUAAAAAUGUAUCAGAUGGCAUAGGAAAGACUUCUGAAGAUAGUAGUUCUGAUGAAGAUUAGUGUUUUAUAACUUUAGCAAGCAGUCAUGAGAUAUUUAUAAUGGAACAGGUUGUCAGAUUUUGAAUAUUGGAACUGUUAUAGUUUUUAUUGGCAUAGGAAUAUCUUAGUUACCCCAUACAAUUUUGCUGUCAAUGGUGUACUAAUACUACUAAUUAAUCAUUAGUAUCGGAUUUAAAACAUUAUAUUU